AUGAGUGGUAUUUACAGUGGAUUUGAGUCUUACCUUAUUCGUUGUCGGGGUAGGGUGGUGUGGGACAAUCGUCAAGGUCGAUUGGCUCCGUUGAAGACGUUGGAGGUGGUGAUGCGCCGGUUUUUCUCUUCCGCUUGCUUCUCCUUAACGUUGGCUCCACGGUUUUGCUUGGCGAUGCGGCCUUUGUUGCUUUUGGUGAGCACAAGAGAGCUUCUCCUUGAGAACGUUGACUGUCUCGGUGAGCUUCUUGAUCACCUCAUCUUGUUUCUUGCACCACCUUUGAAGCAUGCCUAUAUGCUGUGUGCCUUGAUGAUCGCGGGACGCUUCCAUUCGCGUUGUACGGGAUGA